AUGUUGCCUUCAGUCUCUUUCCUCUUGGCCCUCUGCCCCUUCGCGGCCCUCGCGGCGCCCUCACCUUCUCCUUUCGAGCACGAGAAGAGAGCCAUCACGUGUCUCAGGGUUGGAUCGACUGCAACGGCCAGUUGGACAAACAGCGCCGGCCAGACAUGCACAUUCACGGGCGUGGUUGGAAGCAACUAUGGUGCCAACCUCGCGGGCUCGGGAGACUACUCAUGUAACGGUCGUUGCGGUGCUGGCUGCUCGGGGACCGCCAUAGGCAACGUCUACACGCAGGACUGCUUCUCACACGACAUCUGCUCGUACUUCAACAGCGCGAGUGGCGGUGCCAGUGACCCCAACUGCGGUGCGGCAUACAACGCCGCUGUCGAUGAUACAGCUUUUGGGGCUGUCAACGGCUGCGGGCAGACCAACCCGUCCAACUCUGUGUCUAAGCCUUCAACGAGGCCUACCUGCAGAUGAAUGUACUGUACUGUGAAGGCGAGCCGCGUAAGGGAAAAGUGUGGCAGCAUAACACGGGCUGCAGCGUACUCUGUUUAGCGUCCUUAAAGAAGGAAAGGGGGAAAAUAAGACCACCAAAAUUCCAGAAAGCACGACGAGUGAUACCGCUCCAAGCAUCACGUGCUCCCAUUAAAAUAUCGAGUUAUGUGCUUUAGUAUCUGCCAGCAUCGGCCCGGAGGAUCAUCUUGAACAGCUCUACGUCAUUCCUCGCGUCCGCGGCGCUCGUCUUGGGCGCCUUGCCGUUGACCACGCAGUCGUAGAACUCGAGGAACUCGUUCGUGUACGGGUCCUGGUAUGUCUUCCUGACGGUCCGCUCCUGGAAGCCGUCCUUGCCCACCAGUUCCCUGACGGUCAUUGUGACGGGCAGCCCCUUGACGUAGGGGGUGUCGAAGUUGACGCGGACGAUCUUGUUGGGGGAGUACACCUCGAUGUGGGCGUCAAAUUGCGGCACGUUGCUGAAGCCGGAUUCGUACGUUACGGGGAAGUCGUCGUACUUGAAAAGAACGCUGAAGAUGCCCGGGAAUGUCAGGCAGGCCCCGGCGACGCUCUUGGGCAUGCCAACGAUCUCCCUCAUCGCGGAAAGGUCGUGCGUUCCGAGUCCUCCAAGGAUGCGCAACAUAGUUUGCGAGUUAGAGGUGACCGGCACCCCGAACUCCUUCCCGAGUGCCUGUUCGAAGAUGUCUUCCUCGCGCUUGAGUCGGUCGUUGGUGUCGGCCUCGCUGUAAUCGCUAAACUUGAGAGGAAACGUGCCAGAUUGAUCGACAAAGGUCGAGUUGGGCCCGAUAAUGUCCCGCACCCUGGCGUACUGGAUCUUGUCCAUGCCGCCGACCUCCUCGACGGCGUCUGUGAAAGCAGUUGCGAACCGGCGCAUGGUGCCGACCAUGACCUUGGCCUUAGACUUCUUCUCGGCCUCGAUGAGGAGGUCCAGAUCGCGGAAGCAGACCGAGACGGGCUUCUCGAUGAGGACGUACUUGUCAUUCUGUAGGGCCAGGAUGCCGUGGUCGACGUGAUAUGCGUCAGCGUUGGCGAUCAACACGACGUCGACGUCGGGCGAGGAGCACAGUUCCGCCGCGUCGGAAGUCGUCUUGGGUGUCCCCCCUUGGACCUUCCUAGCGCAGUGGGCGAGGGCUUGCUGGGAUAUGUCACAGAGAUAUGUCGUCUGGUAGCGCUCGUAGAGAAAGUUGAGAUUGGAGAUGUGAUUGACCUGGGUGAUCUCGCCGCAGCCGAUAAUGCCUACCCUGAGGACCCGCGUUUGCUGUUGAGCGGCCAUCUUGGAAAUUGUCUUUGUUGAUUCAACCGGUUACGAUGCGUGGUGGUCGUCGAUUCAAAUCUUAGCCCCAAAGGAUAUGUCUAGUGACGCGAGGUAAACAGCAAGCCUGACGAUGUCUUCUGAAUAUAUGUUUGUUCAAUGCCUCAACGUCGCUGCAACAGUCAGUUAGCUGAUCGGCGGUGCGGGCUUAAAUAUGUAUUGUGGUGAAUUUAGUGUGGGAUCCGGCUCCAGCAAUGUCGUCAGCUCGGACCGAUUGGGUUGAGCCUCAAGCAACAACUGCCACGUGAGGAUGGAUAAGAGACCACUU